AUGACAUCUUUUCUAUUAGAUGGUUCUCAUAAAAUCAAGAGGCAAAUUGAAACUGAAUUUGAAAUCGAUUUAAAUCGAUCGAUUAUAGAAGAAGAAGAAACUAAGAGUUUUGGAGAUGAAUUUGUACCAAUAUUUGACGAUAACAACAAUCCAGACAAUGGAGACGAUGCAGAAGAAGCAAUUGACAAUGCAGAAAAUCAAGUGGUUCCUCAUACAAAUCCAAUUCAUGCUUCUGGUUUAGAUCUUAAAAGAUCAUUUCUUGGUGUGGUAAGAGAAACUUUUGAAGAAAUUUUGGAAUUGUAUGAAAAACAUGCUGCUAUACUGGGGUUUUCAAUAAGAAAGCAUACAACUAGAUAUAGAACACACACAAAAAUAGUAACUAAGAAAAAUUAUGUGUGUUCUGCUAAAGGAAAGAGAAAUUCAGGUGACAAGAAAACAAAGUUAGUUGAAAUGGUUGAUGAAGAGGAUGUGAAUCAUAACCAUGAGCUAACAAGGUCACAGUGGCAUUAUUUGCAUCGUUCUGAAAGAAAAGUUACAGAAGAAAAAGCUGAAGCAAUCAAAACAAUGAAAUCUUCAGGUCUAACUACAAUGGACACUUACAAUUACAUGGAUACAGAGGCUGGAGGAGAACAGAAUGUAGGUCAUAGUGUUGUAGAUCACCUGAAUUUCUGCUCAAGGUUAAGAAUGGAACAAAUUGCGGCUGGAGAUGUUCAAACUUUAGUGAACAUUUUAAAUCAGGAACAAUCAGAUGAUCCAAACUUCUUUUUUAGAGUGAAGUUUGACAAUGAAGGAAGAAUUUCCAAUAUCUUUUGGAGAGAUUCAAUGAUGCUAGAAGACUAUAGGAUAUAUGGAGAUGUUCUUGUCUUUGAUACAACAUACAGAACCAACAUAUACAAUCUUAUAUGUGCUCCAUUUGUUGGCAUAAAUAAUCACUGA